GUGUUUUAAAGACUUGGCAGUGACCAAAAGUGUUUAUUAAGUGGAAGUAAUCAGUUUUGAUGUGAGUCACAAAGGACAAAUCAUUCUAUAAUGGGUCAAAAUUUUCUUCAUCUUCUGCAGAUGAGAACUGGUGUCAUGUAAAUUGCUGUCAUCUACAGUGGUGUGUUACCUCUAGUGCUGGAAACAAACACUCAGAAGUGAAAAAUGGAUCCCUCGUUUUGGGCAUCAGAAACUAACAGAUUUCGACGAUUCACCCCUGAGUCCUUGGCAGCAAUUGAGGAAAGAAUUGCCAACAAAAAAAAGGAAGAAGUCAAAAUUAAAGGAAAGAAUAAGGAGCAAGGAGUUGAAGAAAAACGUAGUCCUCAACUUGACCUGAAAACCUGCAAAAAGUUGCCAUCUCUGUAUGGGGACAUUCCUGCAGAGCUGGUUGGGGAACCCCUGGAGGAUUUUGAUCCAUACUACAGUGAUCACAAGACUUUUAUGGUGAUAAGUAAAAGGAGGACUAUUUUCCGGUUUACUGCCGCACCUGCCUUGUUUAUAUUUGGUCCUUUUAAUCCAGUCAGAAAAACAGCAAUUAAAAUUCUGAUCCAUUCAUUUUUCCUUUGCAUUAUUACAUGUACUGUGUUACUCAAUUGUUUGGCUAUGACUAUCCCUCAGCUUCUUUCAGAAGUCUCCUGGCCUGAACAUGUUUUCACUGCCAUAUAUACUACUGAAAUAUUGAUUAAAAUAGUAGCAAGAGGAUUUGUUUGUAAUGAAUUUACUUUUCUUCGAGAUCCAUGGAACUGCUUGGAUUUUUCUAUUAUUAUUGUAAUGUACAUUACUACAUUUCACAAUGUUGGCAAUGUUUCAGUUCUUCGAACUUUCAGAGUACUGAGGACUUUGAAAGCUAUUUCAGUAAUACCAGGUCUGAAAGUCAUCGUCAAUUCACUUGUUGAGUCUGUUAAGAAGCUCGUGGAUGUGUUGAUCCUGACUGUAUUUUGCUUGAGUGUAUUUGCACUGAUAGGCCUCCAGCUUUUUAUGGGCAAUUUAAAAUCCAAAUGUGUCCUCAAGGGAGCUGGGUCCAAUCACUCAUUAUGUAAGGAUCCCAAGAUAUAUGUACCGAAUGAUCAAGACAUCUGCUCCAGAUUAAAAGACUCUUCUGAAAUAUUGCUCUGUGGGUACACUGGAGAACCCAAUAAAGAGUGUCCAGCAAACUACAUCUGUGAGAAGACUGGGAACAAUCCUGACUUUGGGUAUACAAGUUUUGACCAUUUUGGCUGGGCCUUCCUCUCUGUGUUCCGUCUGAUGACCCAGGACUACUGGGAGCGUCUCUACAGACAAACCAUCCGUACAUCUGGAGUAUCCUGUGUCUUUUUUUUUAUGGCUGUCAUCUUCUUCUGCUCAUUUUACCUCUUCAAUCUGAUCUUGGCUGUGGUAACUAUGGCAUAUGAAGAGGAAAAUAGAGCUACUCAUGCUGAAACUGUGGCAAAGGAAAAACUGCUUCAGGAUGCCAAACAAAUUAUAGAGAAGGAACAGAUGCUAGCUGUGGAAGAAAGCAGUAAGGCCUUGCAUGGUGGAUCUGAAAUGCCAGUUGCUGACUUGAAAAAUUCAGAAGGAAAAGAGAGUAAUAAAAAAACACCUACUUCAAGGCAAAACUUGAUUUUAGAUGACCAGGAAAAUGAGGAGAAAAUAUUUCAUUCACAGCCUGAUCACUGCCACAAGAAGCUUAGGCAGAUCCUGCUGACCUAUGAGGUGUCAGUGGAUGCUAUCAAUGAUCCUGUCCGAAGACAGAGGUUAAUGAGUGCAGCCACAAUUCUUACAGAUAAUUCAAAGUCAAAACUGCAUUGUCCUACAUUUUGGAAAAAUCUCCCUAAAAACUAUCUAAUUUGGAAUUGUUGUCCAUUCUGGAGAUCAGUCAAAGAGAAGAUGAAAUUGGUAAUUUUGAAUCCAUUUGUUGAUCUCUUAAUCAUGGUUUGCAUUAUCUUGAAUACCUUAUUCCUGGCUAUGGAGUACCCUGGCAUGCAACCAAAUUACCAACGAAUUAUUUCAUUAAGUGACAAGGUCUUCACCCUGAUUUUUACCAUAGAAAUGAUCUUGAAGAUCAUUGCUCUAGAUCCUUACUACUAUUUCCAGAAAAAGUGGAAUAUUUUUGAUAGUUUGGUUGUUUUGAUUGGCCUAGCAAGCUUUGGAACAAAUCUGUCACCUUUCAGGCUGCUCAGGAUCUUCAAAUUGGCAAAGUCCUGGCCAGCCUUAAAUACUCUUAUGAAAAUAAUUCUACACUCAUUUGGUGCUUUGAGUAACCUCACUCUGGUUCUGGCAAUCACUGUAUUUAUUUUUGCUGUAGUAGGAGUGCAGAUUUUGGGCAGUGAUUAUACCGCAAAUUCCUCUAAAAUAAGCCCCAGUGGUGAAUUACGCUGGCAUAUGAAAGAUUUUUGUCAUUCAGUCCUGAUUAUAUUCCGAAUAUUAUGUGGAGAAUGGAUUGAAACUAUGUGGGAGUGCAUGGAAGUGGCUGGAAAAAAGAAAUGUCUCAUCAUUUUCUUGCUUGUCCUGGUGCUAGGAAACCUGGUGGUGCUCAACUUGUUCAUUGCUUUGCUGCUGAGUUCGUUCAACACUGAUGGCCCAGAGGGACAAGAAAAUGCUGGAGAAGGGACAAAAUACCAAAUUGCCAUUGCACAUAUUCACAACAGCCUGAAGGCUGUGAAAGACAGAAUUUGGGAUCACUGCUGCAAAAGAAUGAGAGGAAGGCACAGAAGAACAAACAAAAAGAAGACUUUGGCAGAAGUUUCGGGGAAAGGCAUAGAGGUUAUUAAUUAUGCCAUGACAGAUGUCAGAAAACAUAUAGACAGCAGCUGCUUUGAUAUAGAGCGUUGCCAUAUGGAAGACAGUUCCUCACUAGCAAGAAAAUAUGAAGACAUUUUGACCAUCCACAGUACCUGUGUUCCCAUUACAGCAGCAGAGGUUUCCACCAACGAAGGUGAUGAUGGGCACAUUUUACACACAGCUGUAGAAUACAGAAAACAGGGAGACAAUUUAAGACACAGAGAACAGUGGCAGAAUUCAAACAGCUUCAAUCAGAGUCCUGGGACUUCUGAAACAGUGAAUGUUUUAACAGUAACACACCCAAAGAAGGAACAAAAAGUGAAAUAUGAUGCUGCUCGUAGCUUUUCUGAAGCCAGCACUGUGGAUCCAGUUGCUCUUCUGGAGAUGCUUUCCCAGAGUAAAGACUCACAGAUGCCUAAGGACUGCUUUGUAGAAAGUUGUAUUGAGUGUUUCCCUCGUUGUGCAGUGGAUAUCACAAAGUUUCCAGGCAGAACUUGGUGGAACUUUAGAAAAACUUGCUACAGAAUUGUUAACCAUAGCGGGUUUGAAUAUUUUAUGAUUUUUAUGAUUGUAUUGAGCAGCGCAGCACUGGCAUUUGAAGAUAUUCACCUACAGAAGAGGGAAAAAGUGAAAAUUAUCCUAGAUUAUGCUGAUAAGAUAUUUACCUACACCUUUUUUAUGGAGAUGCUUCUGAAAUGGGCAGCUUUUGGUUUGCACAGUUAUUUCACAAAUUCUUGGUGUUUGCUUGACUUCAUCAUUGUGUGUGUAAGUAUUAUACUCAGCUUGUCAUACAUUUUAAUUUUUUGUUGUUCCUCUGGGACCAGCCUGAAAUCUCUCAGAACUUUUAGAGCACUGAGGCCUUUACGAGCUUUGUCAAGAUUUGAAGGCAUAAAGGUUGUUGUGAAUGCACUCUUUGGAGCCAUCCCCUCAAUCUUCAAUGUUCUGCUCGUCUGUGUUGUCUUUUGGCUCCUCUUUAAUGUUCUAGGAGUAAAAUGGCUUGGAAGCAGAUUUUGGAAAUGCACAUUCAAAAAAGAAAAUAAUGUUUCCAUUAAUAACAAAAGUGAUUGUUUUUUCCACAAUGGGACAUGGACAAAUAAUGCUGUAAAUUUUGACAAUGUUGGAAAUGGAUAUUUGGCACUUCUCCAAGUGGCAACUUUUAAAGGUUGGAUGGAUAUUAUGUAUGCAGCGGUGGAUUCACGUGAGAUCGAUCAACAGCCAGAAUUUGAAGCACGCUUAAGCAUGUAUGCAUUCUUUGUGGUUUUCAUUAUUUUUGGAUCUUUCUUCAUGCUGAACCUUUUCAUUGGAGUGGUUAUCAGCAAUUUUAACCAGCAAAGGAAAAAGAUAAGUGGAAAAGAUCUAUUUUUGACUGAGGAACAGAAAAAGUACCAUAAUGCCCUAAAAAAACUUGGAUCCAAGAAACCCCAAAAACCCAUCCCAAGACCAUCGAAUGCAUUCCUAGGAUUGCUGUUUGACAUUGUAUCUCACAAAAUAUUCGACAUCAUCAUUAUGACUUUCAUCUUUCUAAAUGUGAUUGUUAUGAUGGCAGAAACCAACCACAAAGACACCAAGGAUGUUCUUAAUAAAAUCAACUAUUUUUUUGUGGCUGUAUUCACUGCAGAGUGUGUCAUAAAAAUACUGGCCUUAAGGCACUACUACUUUGGAAGCGGCUGGAACGUGUUUGAUUUCAGUGUUGUGGUCCUUUCAAUAGUGAGUCUUGGAGUUUCUGAAGCAUUUCAAUCUUUCUUCUCCCCUUCGGUUUUGAGAACUCUUCGUUUGGCACGAAUUGCCCGAGUUCUGAGAGUAAUUCACGGAGCCAGAAGAAUUCAAACUCUUCUUUUUGCAUUGCUGAUGUCUCUUCCUGCACUGGUCAACAUCGGCCUUUUGCUUUUCCUGAUAAUGUUCAUUUAUGCCAUCGUGGGCAUGGCCAACUUUGCCUGUCUCCACUGGGAUGGUGGGAUUGAUGACAUCUUCAACUUCCAAACAUUUUGUGGUAGCAUUCUCUGCCUCUUCCAAAUUACCACAUCAGCUGGCUGGGAUAGUCUUCUGGCCCCUGUGCUAAAAGGAUCUGGAGCAUGUGCUCCCCAGUUAAAUGAAACAGAGACAGAGAAAAAUAAUUGCAUAAGUAAGGGCUUUGGUAUUUUCUAUUUUGUAAGCUAUGUCAUUAUAUCAUUUCUCAUUGUUGUAAAUAUGUACAUAGCUGUCAUUUUAGAGAACUUCAGUGUUGCCACUGAGGAAAGCACAGAUCCUCUUUGUGAGGAUGACUUUGAUAUGUUUUAUGAGACGUGGGGAAAGUUUGACCCUCUGGCAACGCAGUUCAUAGAUUAUUCUGCUCUUUCAGACUUUGCAGAUGCACUGGAAGAGCCCUUGCGCAUCCCAAAGCCUAACAAAAUCCAGCUCAUAUCCAUGGACAUCCCUAUAGUUAGUGGAGAUAAGAUCCACUACUUGGAUAUCUUGCUGGCUUUCACUAAAAGGGUCUUGGGAGAAUCUGGAGAUUUGGAGGAUCUUGAAUUAAACAUGGAAGAAAAGAUUGCAGCUGCCAAUCAAUCUAAAAGUUGUUACAGCCCAAUUUCCUCUACCCUUAAAAGAAAACAAGAGGAAGUGUCAGCUGUUGUUAUUCAAAGGGCCUUCAGGAAGUAUUUGAGACAACGUUCUCUUGAAAAUUUAUCCUUAUACCAUUGUAAACAUAACAAUGCUGUCUUUGAACGAGAAAUACAGGACAAGCAAAGUAUUCUUGAAUCACUGCUUGAUGAAAAUCAUGGUAGGAAGAAAGAUAAAUUACGUCCUGCUUCUUCCAUAUCUCUCCCUUUAUAUUAUGAUGGCUUUGCUGAGACAGACAGCAAUCAGCUUGACACAUGAGCUUGCCCUCAGCUGCAGCAUUUCCAAUUAAACCAAUGUCACUUAUUUUCAGAUGGAGACCAUAUUUUGAUCCCACAAAUACACUAAAUUUAGAAUAAUAACAACAGCCUUCAUGUAUUCUAAUUGUUCAGAUUUGCAAAUGCUUCUUAAAGCAAUGAAAAUUUGAACAAUUAUAUCGUAAAUGUUAGGGGAAAAUCAAACCAUGGAAUUUUUUCCUCAGCUACUGGAGUUGGUGAGUUAAUUUUUUAAGCUGUCAUUUUUAUAUUAGUUCAUGUGUCUACAGAAGAAGUCAAAGAUCAGUUGUGAGCACUUAUUUAUAACCACACAAGGAUAUAGAAUAAGGUAUGUGUCUUUGUGAAGAACUAAUUUUUCCAUACAGGAUUUAUUGUAGCAAAAUUAAGUAAUUACUGCACUUCUGUAAAAGAGCUCACUCAAGGCACUUGAGUAUAAUCAGCCUCUAAUUUUGAUGUUUUUGGGACCAUUCUCCUCCUAACAUCUUUGAAUGGAUUUGUUUAUGCCUAAGAAUUUUUGAGGUGUCUUUACACAAACACCUAAAGGGAUUUAACAGAUCAUCCUCAGUUGCCUGUACCUGAAACUUGUACAUAAUUUGUCCUUUGUAUAAUUCAGUGUAUGAAAAUUGUUGUAAUCACAAUCAAAUUCAAAGAAUGUUGUGCGAAAGAUAUUGUUCCCAAGAAAGAAUAAUUGUACAUAAAAUUCCAUCAUUAUCCCUAGAAAGCACUACUUAGUAAUCUGAAAAGAAGUUAAUGGUGUAUCUUGUGAGAUAACAUUCAUUUAAGUUAGA